AUGCCGCCAACAACCACAGCUGAAUCCCUCACAAGUUCAGUACCAACUACAACUGAAUCCCCAACAACACUAGUGACAACUCAGCUACACACAACCACUGCAGAAUCAUUGAUAGUCACCACUGAAAUUCAAUCCCCGACUACAGAGCAAGUAAUAAAUCUGCAUACAACCACUUCUGCUGAGGUUUCUACAGCAGCUGAGGAACAAUCCACAUCUCUCCAGCCAACAACCACAGCUGAAUCCCUCACAAGUUCAGUACCAACUACAACUGAAUCCCCAACAACACCAGAAACAACUCAGCUACACAUCACCACUGCAGAAUCAUUGAUAGUCACCACUGAAAUUCAAACCCCAACUACAGAGCAAGUAAUAAAUCUGCAUACAACCACCUCUGCUGAGGUUUCUACAGCAACUGAGGAACAAUCCACAUCUCUCCAGCCAACAACCACAGCUGAAUCCCUCACAAGUUCAGUACCGACUACAACUGAAUCCUCAACAACACCAGAGACAACUCAGCUACACACAACCACUGCAGAAUCACUGAUAGUCACCACUGAAAUUCAAACCCCAACUACAGAGCAAGUAUUAAAUCUGCAUACAUCCACUUCUGCUGAGGUUUCUACAGCAACUGAGGAACAAUCCACAUCUCUCCAGCCAACAACCACAGCUGAAUCCCUCACAAGUUCAGUACUGACUACAACUGAAUCCCCAACAACACCAGAGACAACUCAGCUACGCACAACUACUGCAGAAUCAUUGAUAGUCACCACUGAAAUUCAAACCCCAACUACAGAGCAAGUAAUAAAUCUGCAUACAACCACUUCUGCUGAGGCUUCUACAGCAACUGAGGAACAAUCCACAUCUCUCCAGCCAACAACCACAGCUGAAUCCCUCACGAGUUCAGUACCAACUACAACUGAAUCCCCAACAACACCAGAGACAACUCUUCUACACACAACCACUGCAGAAUCACUGAUAGUCACCACUGAAAUUCAAACCCCAACUACAGAGCAAGUAAUAAAUCUGCAUACAACCACUUCUGCUGAGGUUUCUACAGCAACUGAGGAACAAUCCACAUCUCUCCAGCCAACAACCACAGCUGAAUCCCUCACAAGUUCAGUGAAUAAAGCAUUCAUACAAAAAUAUUCACCAAUCUUCCGAAGAUCUGUGAUCAUCCGCUUUUGGGCUGGCUCUGUUGGAGCAGAUGCUCAAUUGGCUUUUGAAAAUGAGACUGUGGUGCCCAACAUUACCGAUGCAGUGGCAACACUACAGGACAACUUGAACACGUCCAACCCCUUAGAAAUUCUUCUUUCCAGUAUUCAAGCUGUAACCUCUACUGAACUCCUCACAAGUUCUGCACCAACUACAACUUCAGAAAUAGAAACAACACUAUAUACCACCCUGACUGAUGUCUCUACAACAACAGAGCAACAAUCAACUUCACUCCCAACAAUAACCUCUACUGAACUCCUCACAAGUUCUGCACCAACUACAACUUCAGAAAUAGAAACAACACUAUAUACCACCCUGACUGAUGUCUCUACAACAACAGAGCAACAAUCAACUUCACUCCCAACAAUAACCUCUACUGAACUCCUCACAAGUUCUGCACCAACUACAACUUCAGAAAUAGAAACAACACUAUAUACCACCCUGACUGAUGUCUCUACAACAGACAGAGCAACAAUCAACUUCACUCCAACAGUAACCUCUACUGAACUCCUCACAAGUUCUGCACCAACUACAACUUCAGAAAUAGAAACAACACUAUAUACCACCCUGACUGAUGUCUCUACAACAACAGAGCAACAAUCAACUUCACUCCCAACAGUAACCUCUACUGAACUCCUCACAAGUUCUGCACCAACUACAACUUCAGAAAUAGAAACAACACUAUAUACCACCCAGACUGAUGUCCCUACAACAACAGAGCAACAAUCAACUUCACUCCCAACAAUAACCUCUACUGAACUCCUCACAAGUUCUGCACCAACUACAACUUCAGAAAUAGAAACAACACUAUAUACCACCCUGACUGAUGUCUCUACAACAACAGAGCAACAAUCAACUUCACUCCCAACAGUAACCUCUACUGAACUCCUCACAAGUUCUGCACCAACUACAACUUCAGAAAUAGAAACAACACUAUAUACCACCCUGACUGAUGUCCCUACAACAACGGAGCAACAAUCAACUUCACUCCCAACAAUAACCUCUACUGAACUCCUCACAAGUUCUGCACCAACUACAACUUCAGAAAUAGAAACAACACUAUAUACCACCCUGACUGAUGUCCCUACAACAACAGAGCAACAAUCAACUUCACUCCCAACAAUAACCUCUACUGAACUCCUCACAAGUUCUGCACCAACUACAACUUCAGAACUAGGAAUAACAACUCUAUAUACCACCACGGUUGAUAUUCCUGCAACAAUCAACAUCAGCUCCAGGAGCAAGUGCAAGAGUAUCUUCUCUGGAGACUACAGUGCAUACAUCAACCACAGAAAAACCAGUGAUAAGCACCAGUGA